UCCAUUAUAUGCGCCACCAACAUACCUUUCUUCCUUUCUUUGCUCCAGAGAGGCUUCCAAAACCAACCAUUUCUUUUCUUCAAGUUAUGGAUCCACAAUGGGCUGACUUUCUCAUGAGUCCCAUCAUCAAUACCACAAUUUCCAAGUUGAUUUCCACUGCUGCCGAGGAAAUCAGCCUUGCUGUCGGGUGUAAGAAGGAGCUUGAAACGCUUCAGAACAAACUGCGCAUGAUCAAGGAUGUGUUGCUGGACGCAGAGGAGAGACAGGUGCGAGACCGUGCUGUGAAGGGUUGGCUUGAGAAGCUCAGGGAUGUGGUUUUUGAGGCUGAUGAUGUGCUGGAUGAGGGGGAUUGCUAAGAAGAUUAA